CUGACGUGUUCCUACAUCCGUGUGUUGUUGUUACUCUUGACUUUAUUAUUAUUGACUUGUUCUACCGGGACUUAGUGGGCCGUGACAAUGCCGCGACCCUCGCGUGAAUCGUACGGCGACCAGAAGCCCCCGUACUCGUACAUCUCCCUGACGGCGAUGGCGAUCUGGAGCUCCCCGGAGCGCAUGCUGCCGCUGUCGGAGAUCUACCGGUUCAUCACGGACCGCUUCCCGUACUACCGGCGCAACACGCAGCGCUGGCAGAACUCGCUGCGGCACAACCUCUCCUUCAACGACUGCUUCGUGAAGGUGCCGCGCCGCCCGGACCGGCCCGGCAAGGGCGCCUACUGGACGCUGCACCCGCAGGCCUUCGACAUGUUCGAGAACGGCUCGCUGCUCAGGAGGCGCAAGAGGUUCAAGCUGCACAAAGGGGAUAAAGAUAAUCUGAAUGCAGAGUUAGCGGCGCUGGCAAGUUUCAACAGAGCAUUUUUGGCCAGACAAGCGAGUGCACCACCUCCGCCACCAGCCAUGCCGAGUGCUAGUCUCUACACACCACCGCUGUGUCCACAGCUAAGCCCAGAGCCAGCAGAACUACCUGAAGCUGCAACCAUCACAAUGUUACCGCGUGAAAGACCACGAAGAGAUUUCACAAUUAAGGCGCUGCUUGAGCCAGACUCGCCGCGGUUGUCGCCGUCGCCACCUCACCCAGUGCUGAUGCCCAUCCCCCGGCUGGAGGCUGCGUCGUACGUGGCGGCUGCGCAGCGCUACCACGCCGAGCUGCUGGCGGCGGCGCACGCGCUGCGCCCCUGCUACCUGCCGCCGCCGCCGCCGCUGCCCGUCGCGUGACAUCAGCCUGUGCGCACGCAUUCGAGCUGCUCCAAUAUUUCGUGCAAUGUUAGAUUGUAAGUACACUUCUAACUAGUUAUUUGUAAAGUGUUUAGAUUUUUAUUUGGAACAAUCGUUUUGUAGUUUUAAAAUGUUAAUUUAUCUCAAAAUACUUGUGAAUAAAAACGCGCUGAGUUGUAGAAAGAUGGUCAUUUUGAGUUUAAGUUGGAGUGUCGAUUUUAACUGAUUUAGCAUUUACUACUUGAAUGAUAAUCAUGACCAUUUGCGACGCAUUUAGUAUUAUAAAUAUUUAUUAUGUUAAAGCGUUAAACGUUGAGGCUAGCGAGCAAACGAGCAAUGGCCUAAUGUUAGACAUUCCGCAGACGGUUCAAGCAAAAUACUCGGGUCAUUAUAGAAGUUUAAGUGAUCUCACUUUAAGGUUAGUUACACUGCUGAUUAGUUAUUGUAAUUGUUAAAAGUAUUAUAUUGUGGCAGAUGAAAAACUAGAAAAACAUUAGUGAAUAGUUCAGG